CACUUAAAAAGUAAAACCCGCUUUAUAUAGAAAAAUAGUGAUGGGGAAGAAUUUAUAUAUCUACUACUGAUUCAAACAAGUUUUGCCUUGCUUUUUUCCCACAUUUUCUAUUUUUUAUAUAUUGUUGCCUGACUGAAGAAUACACCUAAAAAAGUCAACUUAUUAUCACAGAGACUAUUACUGCUCAUAAAGGGACGAUUAAAGAUUACCAUAUUUGAAGAAUAAUGGGUUCUUGAGUUUAGUGUAAUAAAAAAAUAUCCGUGAUUGCAGGUCAUGGCUCUUUUUUGGCAGAGCUUGCUCAUCCUCAGCUUGUCCCAAACAAAGAAAAAGGCAAGGAUCACAGUCGUACGAGGGGAUCAAUAAAAACAUCUAGUUAUGUUGAUAUUCUCAUCAUCAGUAGAGCAUUCACAAUGUCUAGUGACAUCAGUAUCUCCUCUAUUCACCAAAAAUCUGUCAAUUCAGAUACUUUUCAAGAAGAGCAAGCUGACUUUCGAAAAGAGCCGUUUUCAAAACUACUUCUAGUCAUGAAAGAACCUUCGCUCGAGUCUAAUUUAUUGAUAGACAAGGAUAUCUUUGGUGUCUGGUUCAAGACUGAGACAAAUUCUUCACCAGCUAAAUUUAGAGUUUCUUAAAAGUAAAUAAUGAGCCUUGUGGUGAUUUUGUAUGAUGUAUAAAAGCUUUGAAUCACUCAGUUGAGAAAAUGUGUAUCACUGCCAAAAAGAAUAUACUUUGAACCAGAGCACUGCAGUUAAGUCAGCAUCAGCUGGAAAAUAAGCGACAGUAAUAGGAAGUAGCAAGAGUGGUUGUCAAUGGUAACUGGAUCAUACUUGCUUUCACUAAGCGACAAGUUAUUCCUGAAUACAGUGGUUCUAUCGGUCCUUCGAUCUGUGGCCGCGGGCUAAUAGAAGCAUGAAUUGACCGAGGAUCGUCACUCAAUGGCUGAAUACCCAGAUUAUGCGCUCAAUACAGCCAAACAUCGACUUUGUCAUAUUCUAUUUUGGAAUGUCAUUCUAGGAGCUUUUAUUGUUUUUAGGGGAGAAAAAGCGGAGAAUAG